CUGGGCCAGCCCGAUGUAUACGUUGCUCGGGGUUAAGUGGUCAUUUGUACUUUGACGAUUUAUUUAUAGACUAUCCUGGUUGAGAGUGUGGUACAGGUGGUCGUGAUUCUACUAUUUCUCGGGAGUUUAUAGGAUUCGGAAGAAUCAUUUUGUCAUCUGAAUAAUCUUCAUUUUAAAAUUCUGGACAUUGGUAGUACGUGAUGAAUCCAGAUUAUCCUGAGGAUCACCCGCGGAAUAUCAUUCCAGAGUUAUGCCGUCUUUAUUACAAUAAUGGGUGGAUGCCAGGUUCCGGGGGCAGUCUCAGCAUUAAAUACGGAGAGGAAAUUUACAUCACACCUUCGGGCGUCCAAAAGGAACGUAUCCAGCCUGAAGACUUGUUUGUUCAGACAUCCGAGGGCGAGGAUAUUUCCGGUCCACCGUCUAGCAAGGGAUUAAGGAAAUCACAAUGUUCCCCAGUGUUUCUGAAUAUAUACCGGCUCAAAGGUCCUGGAGCAGUAUUUCAUUUACAUUCGAAGUCCUCUGUUCUGGCAUCACUACUCACUGACGGCAACACUGUCCACCUCUCUAACUUACAAAUGAUUAAAGGAAUUCGUAAAUGGACAACAGGAGGAAACCACAAAUUUACAGACGAUGUACAGAUUCCUAUAAUUGACAACACACACACAGAGGAUGGACUUGUAGACGGUAUGGUGAAGGCUAUGAACGAUUAUCCGGAUACCUGCGCCAUCAUUGUCCGUGGCCAUGGAAUCUACGCUUGGGGACAGACGUGGCAACAGACGAAGCUGGUAUGUGAGUCAUACGAUUACCUCUUCGACAUCAUGCUACAGCUUAGAGCUGCGGGGAUACAGGAGAUACGAUAAAAUCGAGAGAGGCCAGUAGGUGAACCGGAGGCAUGUCCUGAGUACAGCAGAUCAAUUAAAGGAAGCUGGAGUCCGAGAAAGCUUAAAAAAUUAAAUUAAAAAACCAUCCGGAGAUUCAAAUCGAGGAAACGAGGAUCAAAUCAGGGAAGGCGAGUCCUUGAAAUCAUAUGAUUGCCUCCGCAGAAUGGAGGAAUGUCUGGACCCGGAGUCCGGGAGAUUAACUGUUUUCACGUCAGAACAGUUCCAGAAGUUGCCUCCCUUCAGUAAUGAUUAAGUUAGAAAAAUUCUUCGCCUGCAAUAACAUACUAUCAUUUAUUUCACUAUAGUCCAGACGAAUACAAACUUGUGAUAGCAAUGUGUGUGACAAAGAUUAUUUAGAAGUAAAUUCGAUGGUUAUGUCCAUAUAACAUAUAUGUUCAGGUGAUUAAACAAGGGUUUCCAAUUCAUUGGAGAUUUGUAAAAUGAGCUUUCCUACUUAUUGAUUUACUAAGUUUAUCAAAUUCAUCAAACUUGUCAUAAAUCGUUUUUGAAAAGGUUAUUUUCCACGAAAAGGUCGCUCAUCCUUGCGAAUAAUCCGGCUUCACAACAUCGCUUUUAAUAAUUAAUAAUUGACCAAUUUUAUGCAAUAUUUUGAAACGCAAGCAUUAUCAUUUCAACGUUUCAUAUGAUAAGAAUUGAUUUAAACAUAUAUAAAUGAUAUUACAAAUAAUCAAUAUACUGCACGUGACACACAUUUAUAUUGUAAUUCGUAGACGUACAAUUGUAAGUUUCUAUAAUUUUGUCAAAAGAAGGAAAAGAUGAGAUGAUAGGAUUGAAAGAAAAGAAGAGAAAAAGAGAUAGUAUAGAUUUUAUAUCAAUUUUAUAUCAAUUCUAUAUCAAUUCAGUGCCGACUACAAACAGUUCAUAAUUAGGUAGUGUUAACACGCUUUGUUUGUUUUAUAAACUUUUGAACAGAUUUAUCAAUAUUACAAUUAGUUUCAUAUGAGUAAACAUCACUGUCGCCCUAUAUGAUAGUUUCUAUAUUAAAAUCUACGUCCACAUCAUACAAAGUAUCAAACAAUAUGCCUCUACCAUUAGAAAAUAAUGAACAUGUAAUGAAAUAAUGACUUGUGUCUUCAAUUCCAUUACCACACGAACACUAAUAAUAAUAUAAUAAAUUAUAAUAAUUCUUACACAGAAAAUAUAUAUUACUUCACUUACUAGCACUAACAUACUGUACAAAUACAAAUAACACAUUUGUUUACCGUUAUUUCAGAUGAUGACACCAGUAAUCUGAAAUCAAGUUUUAUUGUACAUGUGAUGUAUGUGAAGACACAAAAGUGUUUAUGUAAUAGAUGCUCCUCCCAUUGUGAAGUGUUUUACUUGAUGAAUAUGUUUGUAACUCAUGUAUACAAGUGCGCGCGUAUGAUGGUUGAAUGGGGUCAGCGGUGUGAACGGAAUGCACGGGUGGCCGGAGCCCUGUCAUGUCCCCAACCCAGAACUCACCAUUCAUUCAUCUACUUGACACUGAUGAGGUCACGUCAAAACACAUCUUUAUGUAUCUCUGUGUCCUGGUAAGUGUACUUUACAUUGUCGUGUAACAAUUAUAUGUUAUUGUUACGUCGUGUGUAAUUGUUCUGGUCAAUGUACAUGUGAAAUAUAUGCGUCGUCUACACCUAAUUUCUGUAUACGUGUGUAUUGCAGGUUUUACCGCGAUGUAUUAAAUCAUUGUCUGCAACAA